UCAAUUGAAAAACUACAUUCACAACUUUUGCUAGUGAUCACAAAAUGCGUACGCAGUCCACCACCAUUGCCAUCCUCUAUAAAUACCGCCUCGAAGAUCAACUCUCUCAUAGCGAAAAACCAAUGUGUCCUCUCAUUCAUCACAAUAUCCCACAUUUGUCCUAGACCUCCAAUUUCAUACACACACACACAUAUAUAUAUAUAGUACUCUAGGUGUACUUGAGUACUUUUUGGUGGUAUAAUUGAAAUUGAUAUAUUUGUUAUACAAUUACUGUUUUAGUGGAAUAUGGAUAGGGUAACGAGAAUGGUGCGAGAGAGGCCACUGGUGGUCUUCAGUAAGAGCACUUGUUGCAUGUGUCACGCCCUGAAAACCCUAUUUAGGGAUUUUGGUGUGGACACUGCUGUCCACGAGCUGGAUGAAAUACCGAGAGGGCGGGAAAUCGAGCAGGCUCUGAUGAGGCAGCUGGGUUGUAACCCUGCCGUGCCGGCGGUGUUCAUUGGUGGUGAACUGGUGGGAGGGACUAAUGAGGUCAUGAGCCUUCACCUCAAUCGCUCCUUAAUCCCAAUGCUUAAGAGAGCAGGAGCGAUAUGGGUUUGAUGUUAAUUAUAUAUAUAUAUAUAUGUAACUUCAUUUCCUACAAAUAAAACGGUGUUUAAAUUAGUUACAUAAAAGUGAGAUUAAGUGCUGGUACUUUCACUGGCAUAUAUAGAGAGCAUGAUGUAGUCUGUGAUAAAUAAUGUGUGCUGAUAAUAAAGAUCAGUUUACAGUAAUUAUGAAUUUCUUGUCUUUCAGAACUCUUUCACACAGCAAAUAAAUUAAUGUUGGAAACAA